AUGCUGAACAGAGAAUCCAGAAUAGAACAAGAAGUACACCUAGACCGCCUAGACCCCCGCCCCCUCACCCCGCGCGUGCGAGCGAGACAGGAGACCGCGGGGGAGCGAGACGGCACUAGCAUCGUCAGCACGCUGAAGCAGAGACUGCGCUCUUCUACCAAGAGCUGCAAGUGCCACGCGCCGUUGUUGAUGGAACGACAGGACCAGGGGCCUAGACACAGCGCAAGCAACAUGACCUUGCCCCCCUCCCCGCCCGCCCCGCCGGAGCGACGCAGCGCGCGGGGGGCGGGGCGGGGCGCGCGGGGGGUACACUGUGACGUCACCGUCACCGUCCCCGCCGCACAGACAGAGCGAUGCAGCCCGCGGAGGGCACACAGUGACGUCACUGCCAGCUCAGCCCCUAAGCAGGCGAAGAAACGCAUCCUCCCAUCGCCCCGAGUCCGCAACAUCAGCAUCCAGAGCGUGACGCGGCGCGACGGCAGCAGCAGCACGCGCCCAACCAGUCGCCGGACUGAUGGCCCGACCGGUCGCCAGCCGGCGGGCGGCGCGACCAGUCGACCGACCAGUCGCCCGACCACCUGCCCCGCGCGGCUAACAGACGACGGACCAGAGAGAAGUGCUGCUUUGCGCUGGUCUCCAUCAGACGAGUUGUUCUCCCGCGUGGCGCGGCUUCAGGACGCUCUAGACGACGGGGCGCGGCGCUGGGCCCGCCCCCGCCCCCCGCCGCCCGCACCCCCCGCGCCGGGGGUGGGGGCGUGUCGCGGGGGCAACAAAUCACACCACAGUCCCCCUGAAGCCGGCCAAGAUACGGCCCAAAAGGCUCACAUCGAGGACCCACAACCGUCCACCAGCGCCUCCCCGACGCACGCUAAAAAUGACUUUUACGCCAUCGUUGUCUCGUCCACCCCCGUGAAGUCACCUAGAAAGUCCCCAUCACCAUCCAGGGAACUUGAAGCAGCAGAUGACGAGCAGGAGGCGCUCACGGACGAAGACUGGACGGACAUCGAGAGUGUGGCCAGUGGAAGGGAGAGCCUUCUUCCUCCCGUUAUUGGGAAGCACACCGGUGUCUGUAAGGACCUAGCUACAGCCAGGGCACGGGAAUAUCUCAUGGCCGGCAAAGGGGCCAUAGAGUCAGCCAAUAACUUAAAAAGAGAGAUCCGGACGAUCGCUGUGGAACAGCUAUCCAACCUCUAUGAAAUGGUCCUAUAUCUUGCUGACUCAAGAAACAGGCACAAGCUCCUCAGAUAG